AUGUCUUCCGUCGCAGAUCUCGUCCAGCAGCUCGCCGAUAUGAAAUUGAAGAUGGCCGCCAAAGAUCUGGCAAUCGCGCAUUACCACAAGAAGUCCAAGUCCCGCAAGUUUCGGAUCGAAGAGUUGGAGGCAGAUCUUGAGGAAGCGAAAGAGAAAAUCGCAGAGAUCGACCCCGGCGACUCGGACGCCACAAACGUCCAAUAUAUCGAAGACAAGCCGAAAGAGGCCCCUGAGUACUACGACGACUAUUACGGCCCCUGUAUCGAAGCUCAGGCGCAGGUCCAGGUUCUCAAAGCAGAGAUUGCCAACCUCAAGUACCAGUAUUUCGUUUCCGGGCUUACCGUCCCGCAAUGGAGCGGAGCCGUUGUUGCGCCUGCAGUCGAGACUACUUUCCCCAACGACGAGCCCUUGGAUGGAACCACUGUUACGUCUGAAGCUGAUAUCGCUGUCCCCACUGACGAGCCAUCGGAUGAGACCAUCGUUCCGCCUGCAGCUAAUCCUACUCCCACCGACGACGAGCCGAGAGGCCACAAGCGUAGUCUCUCGCAGUCCGAGGUCGCAUCAACUGAGAAUGUCGAGAGCAAGAAGGCCCGCCCUGCAUUCUGGAGUGGAGACCUGACGAGGCGACCUAAGAAAAACCCAAAGAGACGUCAAGCGCGGACACAGGUUUGA